AUGACUCCGGCGCCACCGAUCAAACGAGGACGAUACCGCAAUGAGUACAUUGCUGCACUCGCAGCAACUUCUUCCCUCGUGGCGGCAGUUGCCUGCGCCGGGUGGUCUUCGCCGGCUAUUCCUGCCCUCCGUGGACCCGACUCACCUGUACCGAUCACGCCGGACGAAGGAUCUUGGAUCGUUGCCCUCCUUUCGAUUGGUUCCCUGCUCGGACCGAUCGUCUGUGGACUGUUUGUCGAUCGCUACGGACGUCGAAAGUUGCUGCUAGGGUCGGCCAUUCCCAUCGCCGUCGGUUGGGUGCUGAUCGCGUUUGCCCGAUCCGUCGCAGUGCUUUACGCUGCCCGACUUCUGCACGGGUUCGGCUACGGACUGGCGUACUGCGUGACACCCAUCUAUCUGGGCGAGAUCUCAUCCGAUGCCGUGCGUGGCUCCACCGGCGUACUGGUGACGGUGAUGGCCAAACUAGCCUUUCUGCUCGAGUACACGAUCGGCUCGUACGUUAGCUUCAAGUGCUUGGCUUGGAUUUCAUGCGCCCUUCCGGUGGUAUUCUUCGCCACGUUCUUCUGGAUGCCCGAGACUCCUUACUUUCUGUUGGCUCGCGGCAGCGAUCGGGCCGCGGCCAGAAGUCUCCGCUGGCUGCGUCGCAGCGAAGACGUGGCUGGUGAACUGGGGCGUAUGAAAAAACUCAUGGAGGACAGCAAGCAGACGGCGGCAGGCAACUCACUAAGACUGCUGUUUGCGUCUGCGAACCGACGCUGUCUGGUGAUCAUCCUACUUCUCUCGUUCGGUAUGCAACUGACCGGCAUCAAUGCGAUCCUCGGCUACUCGCAGACGCUCUUUUCGGGACUCGCACUGCCGCUGACGGCUGCCGAACUAUCGAUCGUGCUGGCGCUGGUGCAGCUUACGUCGGUGAUGCUUCCGACGUUCCUCGUCGAUCGAACCGGGCGUCGGCCCCUUUUGCUCAUCUCAACUGCUGGUUCGUUGCUGGGGCUGGCCACUUGUGCCAUAUAUUUUACGCUGGUCGAAACCGCUCCCGACGUGCUUUCAUCCGAACCGGGUGCCGCACACGGAUGGGUACCGUUCGUGGCGGUGCUACUGUUUAUCGUCUCGUUCGCAAUCGGACUAGCAACCGUGCCGUUUGCCAUCCUCGGUGAGGUGUUCCCGAAGCACAUCAAAGCAACGGCAAACGCCGUGUUUGCCGUCAUCACAUCGGUGGUCGUUUUUACGGUGCUAAAGCUAUUCCAGGUUAUCUCGGACGGUGCGGGCACGUACGUUUCGUUUUGGAUCUUUACCGCCUGCACGGCUGUGACUGGUGGGUUGAUUUAUUUGGUCAUCCCAGAAACGAAGGGUCAAUCGUUCGAGCGCAUCCAGGAACUGAUGCAGCAACGCAGCAAUGCCGGGGGUGAGCGCGUGGAGAUAAACGGUGACGAUGCACUGAAACAGAAAAGACAACUGUUGUGUUAG